AUGUCUUCAGCACUGAUGGCAACCGUCGGUCAACUCCUGAGGAGUGGACAACGAGACGACGAAUACGUGAGUCAAUUGUCUCAAGAGUUGAAUCAAUUGAUUCAGAACUGGUUUGGGAUCAGACAAUGGCUUGUCGUGAGACCACAUUUGCCACAAUUAUCUCAGAUUAUCUACUAUUCGGUGACAACGCUAUCAGGACUGCAAACACUGGGCGAAGAAUAUGUGAAUAUUGUCCAAAUCGAUGGCAACAGACUAGUGGUUCCCAAACUGCUCAAGAGGUUUACGGCACUAAUGCUCCAGACAUACAGUCCAUACCUGUUGUCUACUGAAAACAGGCGAAAUUACUUUUAUCUCUCCAAACGAGUGACAGAUAUCCGAUAUGUGUCGCUAAACAGAUCCAUCGGCGCCACCGACGGGUCGACCAACCGAUUGAGAAGUGUAUACAAAGUGGUCGGUUAUCUGACACUCUCUCAGCUUUUAAUCUCAUUUUUAGUCCGCUUUUAUUCGUCGCAAAACUCUUGCGGCGAAUCAAGUGAUGACACGUUUGAGUCGUCCGACUGUCAAACAAGUGUGAAAACUAUUGAACCGGAAGUGACUGCGAGUGACAAGUGUUGCCUCUGUCUGGAGAAGAGACGUCAGACAACGGCCACCACUUGUGGACACCUGUUCUGCUGGAAGUGCAUCACUGAAUGGCUUCGCCUUAAGACCGAGUGUCCGCUCUGUCGACAACCCCUACAGACAGCCUCUGUCUGGAGAAGAGACGUCAGACAACGGCCACCACUUGUGGACACCUGUUCUGCUGGAAGUGCAUCACUGAAUGGCUUCGCCUUAAGACCGAGUGUCCGCUCUGUCGACAACCCCUACAGACAUAUCGAUUAG